UCUUGAAAGUUGAAUUUAAAAAAAAAUUACACCCAAUUUAUUAAUAUUGUUACUUGUAAGUUUGUAAAGUCGAGUUAAAGUUACACUCACAACUGAAAUCACAUCCAUAACGCGUUAAAAUCAAACAAAAUGCCGGGCCUGUGGUUUUUCGUUGCGAAUAUUUCAAGCAGCACGAAGCAUCGAUCCAAUGGUUUUUAAAAAUAUAUAAUUUUCAUAUACACAAACACUCAUUUAAAUACAAUAAAUAAUUGUUCAACAUGACUUCAGUUAGAGCUAAGCAGAUUGCCGCACUGAAACAAAUGCUUAAUUUGAACAGCCCAGAUUUUAAAGACAGCGGUUCCGAACCAGUAUGGAAAGUAUUAAUUUACGAUCGUCGAGGCCAAGAUAUUUUAUCGCCGUUAAUUCCUAUCAAAGAACUACGAGAAUGUGGUGUUACACUACAUUUGAACAUCCAUUCAGAGCGAGACCCAAUUCCUGAUGUAGCAGCAAUUUAUUUUUGUAUGCCUGACCAGGACAAUCUGGAUCGGAUAGCACAAGAUUUCCAGAACAAUGUUUAUGAAAAAUAUUACUUAAAUUUCAUAUCGGCUAUCUGCCGUCAAAAAUUAGAAGACUUGGCAAGUUCCGCUUUGCAAACAGAAAAUGUUAUCCAUGUUCAUAAAAUUUACGAUCAGUAUUUGAAUUUUAUAUCUUUAGAAGACGAGCUUUUCGUUUUGAGUAAUCAUAAUACUCAGGCAGUCUCUUAUUAUAAUUUAAAUCGAGCCGACGCAAAAGAUACAGACGUGGAAGUUAUGAUUGAUGACACCGUCGACGGUCUUUAUUCGGUGUUUGUGACACUCGGAACACUGCCUAUUAUUCGUAGUGCUCGUGGCAAUGCUGCUGAAAUGGUUGCUGAAAAAUUAGAUAAAAAACUAAGAGAAAAUGUACGCGAUACAAGAAACAGUUUAUUUUCGUCAGAAAACUCGGGCAUAUACAAUUUUCAACGGCCCCUUUUGAUCGUGCUGGAUCGUAACGUCGAUAUGGCGACGCCUUUGCAUCAUACUUGGACUUACCAAGCGUUGGUGCAUGAUGUGUUGAAACUAAAUUUGAACAGGGUCAUUGUUGCUCAAGAGCAAAAAAAGUCCAAAACAUUUGAUUUGGAUCCAAAAGACGUGUUUUGGGCGACGCACAAAGGUAGUCCAUUCCCUACAGUAGCUGAAUCUAUUCAGUCUGAGUUGGAACAUUUGAAAAAUUCCGAAGAGGAAGUCAAACACCUCAAGGAAUCCAUGGGCUUAGAUGGAGAAAGUGACGUGGCGUUGGCCAUGAUGACUGACAAUACGGCCAAGUUGACGUCGGCUGUAAACAAUUUACCUCAGUUAUUAGAAAAGAAACGGCUAAUAGACAUGCACACUGAUCUGGCCACGACGAUAUUAUCGGCCAUUAAAUCUCGACGUUUGGAUCUGCUGUUUGAAUUCGAAGAGAAAGUCAUGAGCCAAGCGUCGUUAGACAAACAAAUAUUGGAUGUGAUCAACGAUCCAGAAGCCGGUACCGCUGAAGAUAAAAUGCGACUUUUUAUCAUUUAUUACAUUUACACGCAUGCGGUUUCCGAUUCCGACAUGGACAUGUAUUCGUCAGCAUUAGAAAAACAAGGUUGUGAUUUGAGUCCUUUGAAGUACAUCAAAAGGUGGAAAAUGUAUUCCAAUAUAACGUCGACAACCAGUAGUCAAUACGGAGGAGGCACCAAGUCUGUAAACAUGUUUGAAAAAUUACUCUCUCACACGUCUUCUUUUGUAAUGGAAGGUGUGAAAAACUUGGUCGUCAAAAGACACACGUUUCCCGUCACUAGAAUUGUCGACGAACUGUUGGAGAACAGGCAACCUUCAAACGCGUCGGACGAAUACCGUCAUUUCGAUCCUAAGCAGCUACGAAAUUCGGACAAUAUUAAAUGCAAAAAUACAUUCAACGAGGCUAUUGUGUUUAUAGUUGGUGGCGGAAAUUACAUUGAAUAUCAAAACUUGUUGGAGUAUAUUAAAAACAAAACUGUAACGCCUGGUAUGCCUCAGUUAAAAAUUGUUUAUGGAUCUACUGUUGUGAACAACGCACAGGAUUUCUUAGAACAGUUGUCGUUAUUAGGACAAGAACUGCACUAGUACACAAUUAUUAUAUGGUGUGGUUACUACAUUUUUUUUUUCAUUUUCUUAUUUUGAAUUAUAUAAUAAAAUUUAAAGUAUAUUUAUUGUUGUUACGUCAUUUCUUUGGAAAUAAAUAUCAUUAUACAAGUUACGGUAAAAAUUUGUACAUUAAUUGUCAUAGUAAUUAUGUAACGAGACGUGUAUGUGGUCCUAUGAAGAUUGGUUAAGCUACUUGUGUUUGU